AUGGGGAAAAGAGACGACAUAUGUUCUAUUCUUGGGUAUGAAAAGGACAACCAGAUCAAAAAUUCUCGAAUUCUGUUAAGAACCACUUCGGCGUUCCUGGCCGACUAUGAAGCCCGUGGAAACAAGGUUUACGGUAGAAAAGCCGAGUCCAUUGGAGUUCGGCUUUGUGCGCUAAAUUUUCUCGAGGAAGAAGGCAGAGGAGAGAAACUUUGGCCGUCUCUACCAGAUGGAAGCCUGGUCUACGAAGAUGCCCAUGAUAAAGAGACCAAUAAGCCCCCGACCUCGAGUACACCUGAGGAAACGUACUUAGAAGACGAAGAGCCACAAUUCACUUAUAGUUCAUCUUUAAUGACCAUUAAACCGGAAUUAUGUCUUACCCCUUGGUUAGAUCCACCAAAAAGGUUUGAUCGUAACGUGGCUAUGCCAUGGGCAGAAAGCCUUAAUCCCAAGAGCCUUCCAGACCCCCCUGAGAUUGUAAAGUGGCCUGCGGCAGUUGAUAAGGAAAUCCAGUAUUUUAUGCAUCGAUGGGUAUUCUAUUAUACUACAGAUUUGGAGGACGGGGCAGAUGAGGGAAUUCAAAGUCUUGUGGAUCACUUGAGAAACGAUAAGGGCGCAAGUACAGAACUUGACAGUACACAAAUCCGAGAAUUCGGGAAGCGAAUCGUUGAUAGAGUAAAGUUCUUCACAGAGACAUUCGUCAAUCAUCAGUUCAUUGAAUUGCAAACCGACGGUGCCCUCCAGAUGACGGCAAGAUUUCGCGCAAUAUGGACAACUCUUAAGUAUGAAACACCGACUCCUCGCAUUAGCAAUCGACGCCGGAGUGUCGAAAAAGAAGUGCCGAAAGAGAGCCCACGGAAGCGACGGAAACUUUCAAAGAAAGCUGAAGACAAUGCGCUGGAUGUUAAUCGACCAAAGAGGAAACCUUGGAGUGAACAUGCCUGGAGACGCAAGACUAUUCCCCCUCCUGCUGAUAUGACCUUCCCAAAUUUGUUGUCCAGAAAAAGUUCUAGCGACGAUCCCGUGACCGCGGCGGAGUCACCUCGGGACGCAGUAGACGACGAAGAUAGUGAAGAAGAAGUAUUUGAAAACUGUGAGACACAGGAAGAGUCUGAAACUACAAUGCGAACUUCAAAGAUAUCGGUUGAGAUCCCUCCACCCAACAAAGCUACGGCUUCCAAAUGCGAUGCAAUCGUUGACAUGGAAGAGGAAUCUACCAUAGAGGUUUUACAGUUCGGCGCGACAGUGAUCGAAAUAUCAGAUAAUGAAAAAUUUGGCGCAAGAACAAAAGCAUUACCACCUACUCGAGAAAAAAUGGCAAAAUCCUUAUCUCCAAAUCCAGAUAAAACGCUGGCGUCUGAAACUAUGUCUCCAAAAAGUGGAGCCAAAGUUUCUGAAGCAGCACUAAUUCUUGCGCACCAGUCGAACAAGAUAUCGGAGGAUUGUGAUGGUCUCGCACAAGAGCCUCGGGUAUCAGAUGUCACCGUCAUCCCAAAGCAAUCGUUAGAGAUCAUCACAGUUGGAUGUGAAGUCGAAAAGGUGAUAGACGCUCACAAAGAAGUGACUAGUAGUGUCCAGGAAUCACCACAAACCGAGCCUCAGAGUCAGCUUCCGCAGACUGCAAUUGCCUCUUCGGUACCUACCAUAAAUGGAACACCGGAAGAUACUGUCGAAGCAAGCACCCAGCCUAUGGACCUUGAUGCACAUGAAAAUUCUUCUAAGCACGAGUUGGUGAAACCGGCAAGUCCAACGCAGAUAGCGAGCCAAAUUAAUGAGCCCAUGAGAGGCGUCACUUCACCACAUCAAACUCCUACAGAAAAUCAAAGUAAUAAUGCGCUUACCUCCACCGUGCCGUGGACAAAAAUUUCAUCAGGCAACCCAAAAAAAUAUGGUCCUUUUCAUGACCUUGAAUUUUUGAACCAUAUCUUUUCAUCGAAUGGCCCACGGCCCAUGGAUACCAAUCGUCCGCCCAGUAUCUCCAGUGUCUCCCCAACAUCAGUUACAGAGGUCCAUACACGUGAACUGGGUACCAAUUUCAAUUCAGUCAAGGCCAUACAAAACUCUGUGUUGCCACGAACCACACCUUCGGCUGAGUCUAAUUUGAAUAAGGAUCCAUACAACAGACACUUGAGUAAGGACGAGAUAUCCAUAAUUAGUCAGACUGCAGUUUGCCAACCCGUCGUUGAAGAAUCAAAGUAUUCAGCGCGCAGCCCUGAAACUGUCCAUCCUCAAUCAAUCGACCCCAUUAAGCUUCCCUCUUUAGAUGUCCCAGAAACAUCACGGAAAUUACUCGAAAAAAGCGCAAGAACCCCACUGCCAUCCAUUCCAUUGUCAUCACAGAAUGGCGGGUCGCCUACUGCUCAACAAUCUGCCUCAAUCAUUGGAGAAUUUCACAAGCCACCUCAAUCACCGCGAAUGGUAUCGCAGAAGCCUGCUCAAACCUCUCAAGUAGCGGUUCGCGAUCCAUUGAUUGCCACUUUCCAACCUAUAAAUCGUCCAGCAAAUGGAUCCAAUCCUUCUCCCUCAAACUACUCACCCAGUUUGGCGACCGAACCGCCGCAACCUUCUCUUAUCCCCGCAACCCAGAAUUCUGCAACGAGUACAUAUCACCCACCUAUUUCAUCACAAGAAGUGCCAAGUCAAAGUGAGAGGAGGGAGAAAAAUCAAUAUUACGCGGAUAACGAAACGGUACCCGCUCAAAAUAUUGCAUGUGAAAGUGCCCUCCCGGUUGCAUUAUCGAGAUCAUCCUGGUCCCGAGAUGGCCAUCUAUAUUCAUACUCCACGAACAAGCAGAACGGAGUGUACCCGAUGGCCUUUAUCAAUAAACCGAUAGCAUCAAGCAGCGGCGUUUGGAUGCAUGAAACUUCCCGAAAAAGGCCACUAGAACGAACAAGCACAAAACCUCGGAAAACAAAGUCAAGAAAGAAGUCUGGGCUACCUGAAAAGCAGAGUCCGAAAUUUGCUACUGUUAAAUACUCACAAGCUCAACCGACCCACGUAGACCAAGAUGCGCCACAUCCGGCGAACUAUACAGAGUCGCCACGGCAGACUAUUCAUGACCUGGGGCAAUCCCCUAGGCCACCGCAUCCAGAGCUCAUCAAUCAUUUACGAAGUAUGGAUGAGAAGAUGGGGAUGAACUCAGGAGCUCCCCGGCAACCCGCUUCCAAGACGACAAAUAUGCCUUCCCCCGCAUUGAAUCAACAGCCAAUCAAUCACACCGAGAACGUGGAUCGUAACACUAUGUACUACGAUGCCAAACAAGAACUAAAGAUAUUGAAUUACAUCUCCUCACAGAAUAAGAUGCACUCACUUGGUGGUCAAUCUUCUCAAGAUUGGGGCAAGAUCAAGACUUCCUUAGCUUCCCCAGCACAAUCUCACCAAAAUUCUAGCAUGUCGCAGAUACGGCCUUCACCCCCAGAAAAUCCUAUUGCACGAACGGAGCAAGCCAAUGCUGAGUAUGGCAUGCAACCAAACCAAAGCUCGCCUAACGUUAGAGAAGAAAAUAAAAUAAAUUCAACAAGUAGCUUACAGCAAGGUCACAGCCAUCCCAAGGCUAGCGAACAGUCCAAAAUUAAUCCUGGAAUGGGCACCACUCUGAAACAGACGCCGUCUAAUGCCAAUGCGAAACGCAGUUUUAUCGCAGAGAGUCGCGGUCAAUUGUCAAAUUCUGCACAUGUUGGUCGUUCCCAACAAGCGCAUUUAGGGGCAGGAACAGGGCAGGAGGCACUUGUGGCUAACGGAACGGGGCAUGAAAUUCCCACAAGUACUACAGUGACUAACUCUAUCAUACCACAAAAUCUCCCAGAGCCACAGAGAACACAGAAUCGCGCAAACAAUCACGUACAGCAUUCAAACCCAGCUUACCCAACGCUUGCCAAUCAAUAUGCAAACCAAGAGAUACAAAGGACCAAAAUUCACAACGAAACUCAAAACAACCCUUCUUCCCCAGAAUCAUAUCGGUCACAGGAUCCAUGGUGGAAUUCUCUUGCAGCAAACUACGGCAUUGAGAAAAUAUCACAACCAACUUCGAGACAUGCCCCUCAGCCUGCCCGUAAUGUGCUACAUGAUGGCUCGUUGGGUAAUACUACACCUGUGUCAACAGUACAAACUGUGCCGCAAGUUCAAGCAGGGAAUCAAGACUACCAACCUGACACGAGAAAAGUGGCAUCUUCAGUUACGGAACUUCCGCAUUCUACAGGUGUUGAAUCCUCCAAGAUAUUGCACCAAACUCCAGAAAGUCUGCGUGUCAGUCAUUCUUCGCAACCAUCCGAUAUACAAGGUUCGCCGCCACAAAGCUACUCUGCCCAAUACACCAGCGAUAAAAUUGGGCGACCUUCCAGUGCAAAAACUUACAAUUUUCAACACCAGUCUCCCAGUCAAUCAGUCGUGCAAUCCGCAAUCAUCCAAAACUCAGUGCCGCAAAGUCAAUUUACGAAUCGAUCACCUACACAGUUCUCCCCCAUCCAAGGGUCAUCUCCGCAGAACCAAUAUACUGCCACAUCUGCAACUAAACAGGCAUCUUUAGCUCCAGCUGCCAACGGUGCAGAGUAUAAUGAGCGACAGGAUCACGCAGCCCCACAUUAUCAGUACGAUAAGCGGCCGCAGCAACCGGUUGAGCCUCAAGCAUUCACGAUGCAGGCACAACAAAAAAUAUACAAUGGGCAACAACCUCAUGAUUGGACAAAGUAUCGAUUGAAAGAUGCAAGUCCUCAGAACAUCAUGCACCCGGUCAAUUUAUCUCCCAGACAGCCUCCUAUUACUAAAAAUCAAGUUGUAAACGCAUCUCCAGUGCAACCUUCAACAAUUCAGAUCCCCGCCACUCGGUCGCCACCGGCGUCAGUCAUGUCUACUAUACUCAACCCUAGUCUUCCUCCGACACCUCCAACCCCGGCUGGGAUUUCUACCCCAAAAUCAGAUCCCAUGUCCCUAUACCCGCCGGGAAACCAUCCUAUGGCAAGUAUGCCUCCACGACAUCAGGCAGCGGCUGUCAUUUCAAACCCUACAGUUGAUAACAUGACCCAAUAUUACCCCGGUGCGAUGAUUCGUCCGCUACAGCAGAUACCAGGGGCAAUUUCCACACCCAGACUUGAUACACUUUCUCAAUACUCGCCUUCUACUCAUCCGCUAGCCACCCCGCAACAAACACCCACAACGCCACAAGAAUCCGGACCGAAACUCGACUUCUAUCUGCAACGAUCCAAUUCCAUCAUUGACACGAGUAUUUCCUUCUCUUACCAUUAUAUGGAAGCUCUCUCCCUCUCCAAUCUCUUCUCCUUUUUCUCACAACGCUCCGGCAUAUCUCUGGAGAGAUUAGAUGAACUUACCUUCCGAUGCAUGUUUGGAGAGUAUCAACAAUUUGUGAUUGGAAAGGACAUGGGAGACGGAGAAUGGAAACGAGCUCGGAAGAGAAUUUGGAGAAAUUGGGAUAGAGAAGUGAGGACGGCGAAACAAAAAGGUGUUGAUGAGGAUGAGGAAUUCUGGGAAGUUAACAUUUUGAUUGGGAAAUGUGCGUAG